AGAAAACUGACUAUCUACUGACAGACGUCAGUAGAUUGUUUGAAGAACGCAGUGUCAGUUAAGUGACAAUAACCUCAAAUAUCUGAACAAUAGGAUCUACCGAACAGUUUCAAGAACAAUGACUAAGUUCAAGGUGCUCAUUGCCAAUAGCUCGGUUCCUCAGAUAGCUCACGAUCUACUGAAAGCUGAUUGUGAUGUACGUGUAUGUGAAGCUGAAAGGGAGCCAAUUCUACAGAAUAUUUCUGGAAUGGACGCCAUGUUUUGGUCGUCUCAUAUCAAACUUGACAAAGAAAUGCUCGAUAAAGCAGGACCUCAGCUCAAAGUCAUUGGCACCAUGUCGGCUGGAUAUGAUAACAUAGACGUAGAUGAGAUUAGGAAAAGAGGUAUAAAGUUUGGCAAUACGCCUGGAGUACUGAAUGAUGCCGUAGCAAAUGUAGCCGUUCUUCUGGCGUUAAUGACGUCUAGAAGAUACCUGGAAGGAAUAGAAGCAAUCGAGAAGUCUGAAUGGUCGCAUAAGAAUGGCCCACAGUGGCUUCUUGGCCAGGAUAUAAGUGGAUCAACGGUAGGAAUUGUAGGACUCGGCGGUAUAGGACAAACGAUAGUGCAACGACUCAAAUGUUUCAAUGUCGAGAAGUUUCUGUAUACUGGUCAUAAGGAAAAGCCAGAAGGUCACAUUCUGAGUGCCCAUUUCGUCAAUAUGGACACCCUACUAAGAGAAAGCGAUUUCGUGAUAGCCUGCGUUCCAUUAACAAAAGAAACCGAUAAGAUGUUCAACGCGGAAGUUUUCUCCAAAAUGAAGAAAAACGCCAUUUUCAUCAACGUGAGCAGGGGAGCCAUUGUUAAUCAGCCAGAUUUGGUAGACGCUCUGAGAACCAACAGGAUAUACGCCGCUGGACUGGAUGUUAUGACUCCUGAACCUUUACCGUCAGACCAUGAACUUCUGAAGCUGAAAAAUUGCGUAAUUACACCCCACAUAGGAAGUGCAACAGUGAAAACAAGGAACAAUAUGGCGGAAUUGGCUGCGAAAAAUAUACUGAAAGCCCUAAAAGGUGAACCAAUGAUAGCCCCUGUUGUUUGAAUAUUGGUUGAAUUGUUGUAUAAUGUUGCGAUAUUUUCUAUGUUAAUAUAAGAAGUGAAAUAUAUCCUCGAAACAUCGAUACAAAUUAUAAAUUCUGAUUAAUAAAGAAAUUAAAUUAAAAA